AUGGCUGGUCAGCCUGAGCUUGCAGACGCCUACGUCCUGAAGGCCGCCGACGGCAUGACGACUCCGCCGAGGAAGCUACGGCAAUUGAUGUCGCCUCCGACGAUCAGCCAAUCGCGCCCCGUAUACUCGGUGCGCGUCGCCCCACUACUUCCAUCUCUCGAUGACUGGAGCGAUGAAGAGCCCGAAGACGCUGAGCCUGUGAAGCCCUGGUCGCAAUCCGCAUAA